AUGGAAAGGCUGGACGCAUUGUCGGACAAGGAGUUCAGUAUUCUCGGCAAUCCAGUAUUGCCGGGCUAUGGAGUGAGAAUCAAAAGGACUCGGUGGUGCGAUGAUACAGUAAAGGCGUACACGGGAUAUAUUGACAUCCAAGCUCGCCACCUAUUUUUCUACUUUUUUGAAAGUAGGAGCGAACCUGAUAAGGACGAUGUAUUGCUGUGGACUAAUGGCGGACCUGGGGGCUCGUCGUCUGUGGGCCUUCUCAUGGAGCUCGGUCCUUGCCGCGUGCUGGAUGCGGAGGGGCCCAAGUUUCACCCAGAAUCGUGGAACACGAAGGCCAAUAUUUUCUUCAUUGAUCAACCAGUUGGGACUGGAUUCUCGUACGCCGAAUUCGGGGAGACGGCGGAGACAACGGAAGAUGCAGCCAAGGAUAUCGCUGCAUUUAUGGUGAUAUUCUUCGAGCAUUUCACCAAGUUCAAAGGGCGUGCGUUCCACUUAACGGGCGAAUCUUAUGCCGGACGCUAUCUGCCAGUUUACGCCUCCGAAAUAUAUGAUCAGAAUGCAAAACUUGUAGAACAAGGUCUGACGCCAAUCAACCUGACCUCUAUCAUGAUCGGAAAUGGGUGGACGAAUAUGUACAGUGUGCUUCUAUCUUGGCCCGAUUUUGAGUGCUCGAAGAUAGGACGUCCUGUUCUUGAUAUCUCCACUUGCGUGGCAGCUAAGAAAAUGGUCCCACGAUGCAAGAAGUGGAUCCAGGCCUCAUGUAUUGACCAUUUUGAUGGGAUCGACUGUAACUCUGCUGUUUCGACCUGCCAGGCGGCUCUCGGAGGGCCAUACGUUGCUGCUGGAUGGAAUCCCUACGAUAUCACUCAGAAAUGCGAGGACCAGAAGUCGCUUUGCUACUCUCUAACGAGGUGCUUCCUGAACGCGUCUGACACGCGCGAACUCAUCGGAGCUGAUCCCGCCGCAGGGAACUUCGAGCUCAUAAACACGGAAUUACACGACGCGUUCUUUAACAACUUGGACCACAUGCACACGUCCGUUGAACAUGUUGCGGCGCUGCUCGAGCGGGACAUACGUGUCUUGAUAUACGUGGGUUCCUACGACUGGAUCGCGCAUUGGGUGGGGAACGAGCGGUGGACGCUGGACAUGGAGUGGAGUGGUAAGGAGGAGUUCAACAAGCAGCCCCUGCGUGACUGGGUAGUCGACGGGAAAUUCGCCGGUAAGACAAGGAGUGCUAAGGGAUUGACAUUCGCUACGGUGGAGGCAGCUGGGCAUAUGGUCCCAUACAACAAACCAAAAGAAUCACUGGAGAUGCUUCUGCGCUGGUUGGCCGAGGAAGCGCUAUAA